AUGCUUAGCCUCAGCUUUGGCCAAGGUCAGAAGCGGCGCUGCCAAAGCAAUAGGUGUGGGGCCUCCCAAACGAUGGGUGGUGACUCCAAGCUGGUGGUUUCCCACCUAGGUCUUAGGUUCAAAGAGAAGCACUUUGAACUCCACUUGAUUCUUUUGACCGAUGCAGAAAAGGACAAUUCGAAACAUUGGUUUGCGCAACUCAAAUUCUGGUGUUUCUACCCUUCAUGGGUGGUGAAGUCUGCCGAGGUCUGCAACUUCUCGCUGCAAGAACUCCGGGUGGUGCAUGAACAUUUGCAACGCCAAGGUCUUCGCUUGAGCACCUGCCAGGUCGAGCUCUCGUUGGCGCGGCAACUGCCGGUGGCUUCGGGCCUAGUGAAUGGCUGUCGUGAACUGGGGAUCACCGUCCUGGCCUUUUCACCCUUGGCGAUGGGCCGUCUCUCAGGGCGAUAUGACCCCUGGGGUCCAGCACCCACAUGGGCGGAACGGCGCCGCGGCGGAAUGGCGCAACGGCCCUUCGGAGCUAGCUUGGACGAAGAUGUGGAUGCCUGGCACCAACUGCUGACAAAGCUUCAGCAGAUGGGCCAGAAAUAUGGCAAGACAUGUGCACAGGUGGCCAUCAACUGGGUCUUGUGCCAGGGGGCCAUCGCACUCUGUGGCGCUCGAGACGGAACUCAAACCUCCGAGAAUGCUGGUGCCAUGGGUUGGCGGUUGAGCGCCGAGGAUGCCCUUCUACUGGGUGCCUUGGGGGCUCGUGGAAAGACCUCAGAUUUUCAGCACGGUUGA